AUGCCCUUCCUGGAAGGCGAUACAGGUGACGGACUGCCCUACUUCGUGAGUCCCAUCGAAAACAUAACAGUGUCUGUUGGCAGGGAAGCCAGACUCACCUGUGUUGUCGAGAAUCUGGAUACAUAUAAGGUGGCGUGGAUCUACAAGGGCACGGGCGGCCGGACAGUGCUCACCGUGGCCACGCAGGUCAUCACAAAGAACCCGAAGGUGUCGGUGUCGCAGGAGGCUCAGUCGUGGGUGCUCAUCAUCAAGAGCCUCACGAAGAAGGACCAAGGGAUCUACAUGUGCCAAGUGAAUACCAAGCCGGCAAGGAAUCUACUCGGCUCCAUUCACGUCGUGGUUCCCCCGACCAUCGAUGACUCCAGAAGCAGCGGUGACGUCACAGUGGAUGAAGGCAAAGACGUGUCAAUGACAUGUGAGGCUCGUGGUGACCCCCCACCUGUCAUACGCUGGGUGAGGGAGGGUGGAGAGAGGUUUAACAUGAAUACUUCUCAGACAGUGGAUGAGUAUCUGGGCAAGACGCUGUUUAUCCCCGGAGUGUCGAGGAACCACAGCGGGGCCUUCCUCUGCAUAGCCUCCAACGGUGUCCCUCCCUCCGUCAGCAAGAGGAUCCUGCUUAACGUGAACUCCUGGGAAGCCGAAUCAGCCCCGAGGAAAAUGGGUCGCCGAGAGGCAGCCGGAAAUGACAUCAAAUGCGAAAAUGUCAAAUGUAAAAAGUAG